AAUGACGACAAGGACGCUGGACGAGAGGCGGGAAGAACACAGGAGAAUGGCAACAAUGAAGGACGAAGGGAGACAGCACAAGGUCUAUAGAUGGCUGCGGAAGAAAGGGUGGCAGGAGUACGUGGCCAUGCCCAUAAUUCUCGCCAGAAAGGAUGAGCUGGGUAAUUUGGAGAAGUUUUAUAUCAGGAAUUUCUGUCCGAUCUUGAAUUGUAAAGGGAGGAAACAAAAAGUGAAGAAGAAUAGACCAGGGAAAAGGGAAAGACGCGCUAAUAGUAGGAAGGGCACAGGAAGUCAGGAAACCACUCCAGUGGAAUUGGGCGGUGAAAUGGGGAAUAGUUUUCUGUUGACGAAGACUCUGCGAACAAUCGGCCAUGCUCGGAAAAGGGUUGAGUUGUCCGUCAUGCAAGGAACUGAAUGGUGCAAACGAUGGUCUGUCAUCAAGAGGUGUUUUGGAAUGACGGAGAUAGAGGUGGAUGGAAGGAGGGUUCUUCUAAGAUACGCUAAGACACAAAUGCUGACUGAGAGGAAAUUCACAGUCGUGAGAGUGGUGGAGAGCGUAAAUGAUAGAGAUCGACACUUUCUGACCGCUUUGCUCCGCAUACCACUGUACCGAAGGAUGCUGUACAAUCGGGAGUUCACGAUAGAUCAGCUGAUCGGACUGUACUAUGGAAUCAGGGAAUUCAAGGAGAAAAGAUCCCGGGCUAUUCUGAGGGGAGUAGUCUCGAGAACCAUCAAAUCAAGGUUUGCGAUCAGUAUAAGGAACCGCGUGAUUGUCAGAGUAGAAUAUGAGGUAGGACUAAGCAAAUGGAAGGUGUCGGAGAGUUGUAAAAGGAGAAUCAGACAGACGUGUACGAGCGAGAAGAUGGCGGAAUUUGUGUGCAGGAGAAUGCGGGUAGUAUGGGUCAGACACAAGACCGUGGGGGAGAUUAUGUGCAACCACCGGAGGUUUGCAAGGAAAGAAGAGCAAUUGAUGACAUGCACUUGUAGCGAGCUCAAAUUUCCAAAGAGUGAAGAAGGGCACGUCAAAUUUAGAUUCUCCGAGAAAAUCGAGACGGUGAGUGGACUCAGAAACUUGAAGAAUGUGCCGAUACCAAGUAGACGCGACGGUAGAGCUUUGGCACGCUGCGCGAAUGAGGCAAUGGAGGCAUUCUUUGGCCAUGGACAGGUCCGAUUGUUCCAACGGGAAGAGCUGCAGUCAUGCUACAGGGUAGUGCGAGAAGAACAAGGGGGACUGACAACCAACCAGACUGUUAUGGUACGGAGGCAGUUAGAGGGACUGGUGAUCAUGCCUUUGGACCAUAACAUGGGUGAUACAAUGGCAUGCUGCCCAGUGAUUUAUGCCAAUGCAAUUCGAGAAAUGUUUGUUGAGAACCAAGCUUUUGUCAGACAGACGGAGGAUGAGAGCACGAUUAUAGAGAAGUGCAGACAAACGUACAUUAAGGAAGGAUACACUAAGACAAUGAAGUGGGAUGUGAAGGGUUGUCUCGGCCGCGCAUAUAUCAUACCUAAGCACAAGGACACAACAAGGUGGAGGCCAAUCUGCCCAUCAUACAGUGACCCAGCCGGGAGGAUGAGCAAAGUCGUGGGCAAGGCAAUCGACCAUAUGCUGUGGAAUCUGCCAAGGAACACAAAUUUUAACUUGAAGAGCACGCAACAGUUGAUUGGGCGCAUCGAGACAAUCAACAAGAGUGGGACAUUGGGAUCAGCGAAGAAGGGAAUGAUGGCGGCCAGUUUCGAUAUCAAAAACAUAUUCUCGAAACUACCGCACGAUGCCAUAAUUCGAGCAGUCGAGUGGGUUGUCGAGAUCUAUGAGGGUAAGGGACUCGAUCAUGUAAGGGUAAAACUUAGAGGGAAGGGUGCCACUUUUGGCAAGGCUGCUGGCGAAGUAGGCUGGAGGACUGUGCCUUUUCGCAUGUUGAUUCGUUUUAUCAGAUUUGAUCUGGGGCAUACAUUUAUAGUAGCAGCAGGAAAGAUCCUGCAACAAACAAAGGGGAUUCCCAUGGGCAAGAGCAAUAGCCCUGCUCUGGCAUGCUUGCUAUGUGCUUACUACGAGAACUCGUUCCUCUCGGCUUUGGGUGUCGACAGGUGUCUCAUCCAAGGAUGUAGACUGGUCGACGAUGUCUCGGUGUUUAUCUCCUUCCAGAUCGACAAGAGAGAAAGCCUACACAAGGCUGUGGAGAUUUUGAAGAAAUUUGAGCAUUGUUACAACGAUAAGCUAACAUUGAAGAGAACCGACGGGGGUAUGAAAGCCUGUUUUUUUUUGGGCUGUGAACUGUGUAUUGAGAUGUUCCCUCCGUCAGUACGAUGUAUGGCUGUAACGACUACUGAAGAUGAAUUGUUGAAGGGGGGAACGAUCGUCUUUCAGGGAUUACAAGACUUUGAGUCUUAUUCCACGGUGCAAACUAAGAAAGUUGUUAUUACCGGGUACCUUCACAAGAUCUGGGACCAUACGCUGAACAAGAUCGAAGCUGGACCCACCCUCCUUACACUGAAAAUGGAAUUACGGAGGAGGGGGUUUCCGAACGAUUACUUCGAUACCAGACUCCGACGAUUUUCUGAUCUGAAGAAAGGAGCAUGGGAAGAGUGGGUACAAGUCCUAUGUGACCCUGAGACGGGAGACCAAAGUAAGAAAAGGCGGGAAGCACGUUUUUCGGAGACUCAGAAGAGACAAGCACGGUGAACAGGUGUACGGUGUGGAAGUAUGUUUCUUUUUUCUUUCAUGUUUUUUGAAGAAGAGUGUGGUGGAAAUUCAUUUCCGGAUUUUUUGAAUUUUUUGAGUACGGGAGUACCGUACCAGGGAAGUUUGAAUUUGUGGUGAGCACGACUGAAUAUCGGCGUGAAACUGUGUUCUUUUUCGUCUGCGUUUUUUAUUUUUUGAAUUUUGAAUAUGGGGGUACCGUACCAGGAUAGUGUGAAAGCAUGUUGGGUGCGGCUGAAUACCGGCGCGGAACUGUUUUUUGUUUUGCGAAAAAGAGCGCGAGGAAAAUUUUUGAACGCGUGAUGGCGGGAGUACUGUACCAGGGUAGUUGAGGUAGACAGCGGUAGACCUGAAGUAUUUAAGGCAACACAGGCGUAGGUUAAUCUUACCUUUCGAGUAGCCCCUGAAGACGCUGUGACUGGCAGCAGUAGAAACAUGUCGGGCGUUUAUGCCAGGAUGAGAAAGCAGGACGCUGCUUGAUCAUCACUUGUGUGCUUCAUCGAUAUAUCUCACGAGUAUCGAAAGUAGUUAUUAUUUUUGUAUCUCCUGUGUGAAAUCGUCUACCUGUGCGGGAUCUCUACACUUGUAUGAUGGUAGUAUGGAAGUUUUGUCACGAAGUCGUGUGAAUGAAAUGCAAUGUAUGAG